AUCAGCGCAAUGUCCCAGGGAUCGAUAGUGCCUACCUGGCCAUGGAUACAGAGGAAGGUGUGGAAGUGGUGUGGAAUGAGGUUCAGUUUUCUGAGCGGAAGAACUUUAAGCUUCAAGAGGAGAAGGUUAAGGCAGUGUUUGACAACUUAAUUCAGCUGGAACAUCUGAACAUUGUGAAAUUUCACAAAUACUGGGCUGAUGUAAAGGAGAAUAAGGCUAGGGUGAUCUUCAUCACUGAAUAUAUGUCCUCAGGGAGCUUGAAACAGUUCCUGAAGAAGACAAAGAAAAACCACAAGACUAUGAAUGAAAAGGCCUGGAAGCGCUGGUGCACCCAGAUCCUCUCUGCUCUCAGCUACCUCCAUUCCUGUGAUCCCCCAAUCAUCCAUGGCAACCUGACCUGCGACACCAUCUUCAUUCAGCACAACGGACUGAUCAAAAUUGGGUCAGUGGCACCGGACACAAUUAACAACCAUGUGAAGACAUGUCGUGAGGAACAGAAGAACCUGCACUUCUUUGCCCCAGAGUAUGGAGAAGUUGCCAAUGUCACCACCGCUGUGGACAUUUACUCCUUUGGGAUGUGUGCACUGGAGAUGGCAGUCCUGGAAAUACAGGGUAAUGGAGAGUCAUCUUAUGUGCCCCAGGAAGCCAUUAACAGUGCCAUUCAGCUGCUGGAAGACCCCUUGCAGAGGGAGUUCAUUCAGAAGUGUCUGGAACUGGAUCCUGGCAAGCGUCCUACUGCCCGGGAGCUCCUUUUUCAUCAGGCAUUGUUUGAGGUGCCAUCGCUAAAGCUACUGGCAGCUCACUGUAUCGUUGGGCAUCAGCAUAUGAUUCCUGAAAAUGCCUUAGAGGAAAUGACCAAAAACCUUGACAUGAGUGCAGUGCUGGCAGAGAUUAACCAUGCUGAAAGGGAAGGAAUCAAGAUGAUCUUCUCACAAUCUCCAGCAUUGGAGUUGGACAAGUUCCUAGAGGAUGUAAGGAAUGGCAUCUACCCACUCACUGCUUUUGGGAUGCCGCGACCCCAGCAGCCCCAGCAGGUGGUAGUGAAGUCUCCCAUUGUCCCACCAUCAGUGAAAACCCCAACUCCAGAGCCUGCUGAGGUGGAGACCCGCAAGGUGGUGCUGAUGCAGUGCAACAUUGAGUCAGUAGAGGAGGGAGUCAAGCAUCAUUUAACACUGCUGCUGAAACUGGAAGACAAGUUGAAUCGACACUUGAGCUGUGACCUGCAGCCCAAUGACAAUAUCCAGGAGCUGGCAGCUGAACUGGUCCAGCUGGGAUUCAUCAGUGAGGCGGACCAGAGCAGACUUACCUGUUUACUUGAAGAGGCAUUCAGCAAGUUCUACUACACCCGGAAUGGAGCCCUGACGGCGGUCACAGUGUCAUCUUACAGGCUGGGCUCAUGGCUGCAGCUGCCUGCGGGAGGGGGCAGCCCAGCCAUUCUGGGUUCAUGGGCGAGGCAAAGGAUGCAAGACCAUACAGAAGCCUGGGCCAAGCUAUGCUGUGGGGCCAAGGGACUGCACGUUUGCCUGGCACAGACCUCAGCUGGGUCCCCAGGAGCCCCAUUACCCUGUAGUGUGGCCACAGAGGGGCUUCAUAUGCCUGGCCCCCAUGCAGUGGCAGUGCCUAGGUCAGACUGUGCCAUGGUAGUUUUUGUCCUGGCUCUGUCCAGCCCCGCUCUGAUGUGCUCUCCUUGCUGCCUGCAGCACUGGACCUUACUGAGCGUGUCCCUCCUGAACAGCCUGCUGUCCACAGCAUGCAGCGUGGGCCUGGCACUGGCCAUUGCCCUCACCAUUCGCAGCCGGGGAAUGCGUCUUGUCAUGGGCUGCAACAGCUCUGCGCUGCCUGCUGAUGCUCGUGCAGCCAUAGUGACCAAUGACUGCCCCUUCAACACCACGCGGAUCUAUGACACGGCCCUGGCGCUCUGGUUCCCCUCCAUGGUGCUGGCGGCCGCAGAGGCUGUGCUGUCUGGCAGGUGCUGUUUGGUGGCCUUGAUCCUCCAGGGCAUUGGGCCCUGCGCACGCAGUUCCAUCAGAGAGCAGGUACACCCCAGCUACAGCUCCCUGUUGCUGUCUCAGCAUUGCUUGCUUUCAGCUACAUUUUGAGGGUGCUGGGGUCUGCUGGGUCCUUCUUCCCAUA